UUUAGAUUAUUCAUUUAUUCUUAAAAUGGGCUUAAAGAACUUGGUUCCUUUAUUUCUUCUCCUUUGUGUGAUUCAAAUUUCUUUCGCUGCUGUAGCAAUUGAAUAUGCAGCGGUUAAUGAUCCAAUAUUAAAAGCCCAAGGUUAUACUUGUUACAAUAAAAAUAUUGGUUUAAUGAAAAAUGGUGAUGUGAAUACAAAUUAUAGUCAAAAAACUUGUGGAAAAGUUAGUUGUGGAGGUGGAGUUUUAAAUUAUGAGUUUUGUGGUGCAUAUCAAGUCGAAGGUCAAACUAAUCGGCCACAAGAUCCAACAAAACCAUUCCCAGAAUGUUGUAAUUAUCCAUUCUAAUUUUAUAGAAAUUUAAUGAAUAAAGAAUCUUUAUUGUAAUCAAAAA